AUAAAUACGGACGUGGGCGGAAUGUUACGGAAAUAAGCGAGUAGGUUUUGUUAUUGUUGUCACAGAUCGACAUGAAUUUUCAACAAAGGCCAUAAUUUUUGCAACAUGUUAGCUUUUUAAGCGAUGUCUUUAAGACAGAUAUUCCAUCUCGAUGGAGCAUUGAACUUUUUCUGACGAAACUGAUAGGCACAAUUAAGGAAAUUAACAGAAUGUAAGCUAAUUUUUUAUGUCAAAAUUGAACGUCUGCUCCGACAAAAUUUCGACAGAUUGAUACACGAAAAACCUUCUGAUUGAAAGCAAUGGAUUUCAUGUUCGAUUGGGACAACGAUGGGGAUCGGUUUUCCUUUGAUGACAGCGACCGGUUCGAGGAGGAGUCUAUGUGUUCCUGGUUGAGUGAAACAGAGAGCUUGAAUCAAAACUGGCGUGGAUGGAAACGUCAAAAUGCUGGACAAGCAAGUCCUCCAUUCAGCAAAACUCAAGAUGGUAGGGUGCUGUCCCUGGUGGAGCUUGCUUCUCAGACGGUGGCCUGCAACAUCCCGUACGGGGUCGUGGAGAAGUACCCCCAGCCUAUCCCGGAACCACUGCAGCUGAGGAUCACAUACUGGAGCUUCCCGGACUGUGAGGAGGACAUCAGACUCUACUCCUGUCUUGCUAAUGGCAGUGCUGAAGAGUUUCAGAAGGGAGAUCACCUGUACAAAACCAAGGCUGUUAAGAAUGCACUUCAGAUUGGAUUCCAUUUGAGUGCCACUGUUUGUCCAACCAACACAGCGGGUCAGCACAACAAGGAUGGCUUCAAGGUGGCCAUCUUGUUUGACCGACGGCGGAUAUCUCAGUGCACCUGUACUUGUAACAGCAAUGCUUUCUGGUGUUCACAUGUGGUGGCUGUCUGUCUAUUCAGAAUCAACCAGCCCAGCAAUGUGACCCAGAGGGUUCCAGUGUCAGAGAGUCUAGCCCAGCUUCACCGCGACCAGCUACAGAAGUUUGCUCAGUACCUGAUUGCUGAAAUGCCCAAGGAGAUACUGCCGAUUGCGCAAGGUCUGUUGGACAAGCUGCUGUCUGACCAGGAGUGUGACAUGAACACCCAGAACGGGGCCCCAGACCCCACUGCAGGGGCCGAGGCCAAUGAGGAGACCUCCUGGUGUCUGGAUGAAAAGCAGCUUCAUGAGAACGUCAAGAAGACUCUGGUCAAGUUCUGUGUGCCUUCCCCAGUGGUGUUCAGUGAUGUGAACUUCCUGACCCAGACGACCCCACCGGCUGCAGCUGAAUGGCAGAGCCUGCUGCGACCCCUGAGAGGCCGGGAGCCAGAGGGCAUGUGGAACCUGCUGUCCAUCGCCAGGGAGAUGUUCAGGCGCUCUGAUCAUAAUGCCAUCCCUCUCAUGGAGAUAAUCACAGACGAGGUGUUACAGUGUGAGCAGAUCCUAAUAUGGUGGUUCAUGACAAAGAUCACCAACAACAACAGCAACCAGAUCAGCAGUCGGUCUAGCAGCAACAGCAGCGCAAGUAUCACACAGCAUGCAGCCUCCAGCCUUUGUGAUGAGAUUGUCAACCUCUGGAAGCUGGCAGCUCUCAAUCCAAAACUGAGCCCUGCACAAAAGGAAGACAUGUGCUCAAAAUUCAAAGAGUGGCAUGUGUCCACUAUUGAGAAAGUGAAACGAGCGCGAAACUCUAAUUCUGGUAGCGCCAGUGGAACUUUGAAGAAAACAGAAAUCGAGAAUUUUUCAGGGUUUAAACCAGGUAUUGAAGCCUGUAUCCUACAGUGGGAUGAUUAUCAUAUACCAGGUGUGACAUAUUCAGAUUCACAUAAAUUAUCAUUGCCAUAUAGAUUUAAUAAAAUGUUAGAUUCAGAUGCCAAAAAGCCAUCUCGUGUACAACCCAUGGCUGUUUGUUCAGAGAACUUGAUCAGUACAGAUGACAGGACCACACUGGCAGAGGCCACUAACAUGCUGAACGAACACCACUCACCACAGGAUAUAAAGAACAAAAGGCACAGACACCCAAGUCGACAAGGUCACAAUAACGACGGGGCAAUGAGCUCAGGGUCAGAAGGCUUCUGUGAACCUGAUAGGGGUAGCUCACUGUUCAGGGAUUCUGAUUCUGGUUCAGAAAUGAAAGAACCAGGAUCUAGGAGUAAUUCUUUAGACGAUGCAGAAAUUUUGUUCAGUAUUAACACUCAGAAAUCAAAACAAGAGAAUUUGAACUUGACGACGGGCAAUUCACUUGAUAAUGAUGAGGAUUGUUUGAUGGAGCUGGGGCAUGGGGUUGCCCAGGGAUCUGCAGCAGAAGCAGGCAACGGGGCUGAAGACCAAGGGGCUGGAGAGAGGCAAGCCCAAGUGGAUCCAGCAGGGGAACCCCUGGGUGAUGAGUACUCCAUGUACUUCUAUGACAGAAAUAAGGCUUCUGAGAUGGACAAGAAAAAGGACAAGAAUGAGGAGCCAAAUGUCUUUGCAGGUGUCAAGUGCUUGGAUAAUAGGCAGGAAAUUUCGUUUGCCCGUGCAGAGGCCCUUCAUGCCCAUGGCCACACUAAGGAGGCGUGUCAGCUGGCCCAACAGCUGGCAGAGGAGUUGCUGGCCUUUCCCCCAGACCUCCUGGCAGAGACCGCCGCUGUCCCCUCUGUCAAAGUGAAGCGUAAGAAGGCACUAACCAACAUCACAAUGUUGGCCAGUACAACCUUGUCCAAGGCAGCCUUCCUAGCAGGGGUUCUACUUGAAGAGCAAGAGAUGUGGCAUCUGGCCUUCAAGAUGGGCAUGUUUGUGUUGGAAAUGCCACGACCACCCGCCUCCUGUAAAGCCAUGGAGGUGAAGUUGGCCUACCAGGAGACAGAGCUGCUGACCCUUCUCAAGAAGAUCCCACUGGGUCCUGCAGAGAUGGCCGUGCUGCGACAGAGGGCUGAGCAACUGAAGGACGGCACCAUUAAGUCUCGCGGAGAGGCCCUGCUGCCUCUCACCCUAGCCAGCUUCAUAUUUGAUGCUCUCUGUCUUGGAACAUGCCCAAUGACACUGGCAAAUGUUGGAUGUCCACGUCAGCCGGUACAGGUCACAUGCAGACAGGCUGGUGAUGAAAAACUAGGCUUUGAAGGAUGUGUUGCAGCUCUAGGCAUGAAGGCCAAUGUGUCAGAGGCAGACCACCCCUUGCUGUGUGAGAGCACCAGGAAACAGAGAGGGGAGCUUGCCAUGGCUAUGUUGCUUAACUACAAAGAUGAUAUUUGUAAACUCAGCAAGAUUAUGGACAAGCUUCUUGACAAGGAGGUGCAUUCACAGUACAAAGCCCACAGCCUGGUGUCCUACCUAAACCCAAGACAGGCAGCCAGUCAGCCUCAGGCUAGUGCCGCCCAGCAGUUGAGCAGACACCACAGCCACGACCCCCAGAGAGGGCCCCGCGGGGCACAGGGGCGGGGUGGGAACACCAGGUCCUCAGAGCUGGAUGAGUUCCCUCCCACUGACGACCCCCGGGCCGGGCACUCUGGCCCUUCCUCCCUGGGGUCUGGAGCCCCUGGUGCCAGGCCCAAAAUAUACCCCACACUCACUUAUGGCCAAAGUCGGGACACUGACAGUUCAGCCGUGGAAGAAGAGGGAGAUAACUCCUAUAAAGCAUUGGAAGCCAAGCUCAAAUGCAUGGCACUCAAGAAAAAGCCUUCUCAAGGCAGGGCAGCAAUAGACAGCAGUGCACCGGAGACGACCAGCAGUGACAAUUCCCCGACCCUGGUGCGGCGAGUGUGGGGCAAGCCCCAGGGGCCAGGCAGUGACAGUGGGUCCAGCGGGGAUAGCGACUCCCUGGGCUCCAGCAGCUCAGGAGACAAGGCAGAGUUGAGAGCCAAGCUGAGAGAUGAGAGCCCACAGGCUCAGAUAAACAGCAGGAUAGCAGCAACUUCACAGUUCAUUUUGGACUCAAGGAGCUCUACUCCAAAUCUUAAAGGAAUCAGGUUCAAAGGCAAGAGGAUCAUGCCGACCAUUCCCAACCAGCCCAGCGAGGCCUCAGCCCACUGGAUGUGGGAGCUAGCUAAGACCAUUCUGAACAAGGCUGGGGGUUCCAGCUCCACCUCACAGUUUAUCCAGCCCACCAACAACACCCUGCCAACAGGACCACACAGAAACCUGCAGCUGUGCUCGUUUCAGAUCGGUCUUUACUCACUGGGUCUGCAGAACUGUGUCGCUCCAAACUGGCUCUCCAGAACCUACUCCUCGCAUGUCUCUUGGAUUUCUGGUCAGGCAAUGGAGAUUGGCAGUGCUGCUAUACACAUCUUGAUCGACACCUGGGAGGGUCACCUGACUGCCCCAGAAGUUGCCUCUCUGGCUGACAGGGCGUCUCGAGGCAGGGAUCACAACAUAGUGAAGGCAGCCGCAGAGCUGGCACUGUCCUGUCUACCCCAGGCUCAGGCCCUUAACCCCUCUGAGGUGCAGAGAGCACUCUAUCAGUGCAAAGAACAGAGCAAGGAAAUGCUGGAAAAGGCUUGUUUGGCUGUCGAGAGUGCAGCCAAAGGAUACAGUGUAUACCCAGAAGUUUUAUUCCAUGUUGCCAAACGCUGGUACGAGCUUGCAGAGGAAGCUGCCAGACAGUCGGGUGGGGAGAAUCAUGGCAGGCAUUCAGUUGAGAGCCGAAAUACAGCCGUCCCCACUCAGCCCCCGUCCAUGGCGCGAUCUGCCUCCAGUCCAGGUCAUAUAGACAAUACCAGCCCAGUCAAUCCCUCAGUUGUUCCCUUCAGUAACACUCCGCCCAUGGGUAACCAGGUGGCCAUGUCUGGUGCCCAGCUGAUCGCCCAUGGCAACCAGCUUCCACCCACAGUCAUGGUUCCAUUCACCAUUCCGCCAGUACAGUCAGGUCCCCAUCAUCCUCAUAUGCAGCAACAGCAAACCUUUGUACAGCCCACCUACAACAUUGUUCAACAGAUCCAUCAACCAUUCGGGUGUGCCGCCGUUCUCACAAACAAUUCCAAUGCAUCCACAGUCGAUGCCUCCAUAGUUACCUUCACCUAUAACAAUGCUGUUCAUUACAACCUCCCACCAACGACAGUCUACUCUUCCUCCGGCCCGUAUCGACCUCUGAUCCCCGGGCCCACCGUCCCAAGGUUGCAGGUGAUGCCAGGCCAGAUGGCUACUCUGCAGGGUAUGAUGCCCCAACAGGCGUCAUUGCCGAUGCCCCAGCCACACCUUGAGGACCACCACCAUGUCCUGCUGACCAGCCACAUUGUAAAUCCUACCCAGGCUCACUACCUGCAUGCUGCUUUCAGAGUGGGCAUGUUGGCUAUGGAGACACUUGCGAGACGGAUACACGAUGAUCGACCGCAGUCCAAGUACGCUCGUAAUCCACCAAAUGGAGAAGACGUGAAGUGGCUGCUGAAAUUGGCAAUGAAGCUAGGCACCAGUUCCCUACAGCAAUUCACUGGGACAGUUGUCAAUGCAGUGGUCAGCCCAUUCCUGUGUAUGACAUUGCCAUUGAGGCUGCAACUGUUUCUGGCAAGGAACAACCCAGUGGCUGUUCAGAAUCACCUUAGAUCCGGAAUACUCAACCCACUAGUGCAGAAAUGUCUUCAAAUGUUCAUGCAGUGCGCCCAUCAGCGUAUUCACCAUAUCAAUUCAUCAGAGUACGAUGACUUCGUGAAUACCAUAUGCACUGCACGCAACGUGUUCUGCCUCACCCCUGGAGGCAUGGUACAGUUCCAGGAACUCCUUCAGAGUCUGCGACGUAACAAGUCCUGCAGGAAGGAACUCUGGCAGAGGAUUAUGAAGGGUCUGGCAAUGCACGUGACUUUAUGACAUGCUCUAUGAAGU